AUUCUUCAUUUAAAUGGAAAACUCAUUACAUUUCAUUUGUAUACCUUUAUUAUAAUAUUCGAUUGCGAAUCAAAUACCUCACCGUAUGAUUAAAGUAUGAACAGCAUAUAUCACAAGAUUAGUUCACAUUUAAAUCCUAAGUCGUAGGAGCAGUGUUGUCAAUAUUUAGACCGAAUGGGUACAUUUAGUGGACAUGCUAUACCAGGAUCGUUUUUUAUUGUUUUUGCCGUCUGGUGGACAGUAUGCCAGUUUGACCGGUACUAUACUUGCCUUAAACGUAAUGCACAAUUUACAUCAACACUCACGUUUCCUCUUUCUUGUGGGAAAUUUAAGAUUCAGUUAUUUGAACCAAUUAUGAAAAUAACUCUGGCAAGUAUUGGAAUAUGUGGAGAAAUUUUUACCGGAUUUGAUGAAGGUAAUGAGCAUUUUAUUUUUCCUGGAAAUGCACAACAUUCAACAAUGUUUUGUGUGUUUGGAAUAGGUGCAGUGUUGGAUAUAUUAAUUCAUUACAAAUGUCUAAUACCCAAAGACAUUGACUACACGGUUUUUAUUCUGUCAGUGGGUGUUGAAGGAAUUUUAUUCAAUUUUCAUCUGCAUGGGAGAAAUGCAUUAGAUACAAGACUACAUACUCUGUUAAUUUACGCCAUUGUGUUCACUGUUAUCGCAGUCAUUUUGGAAAUGAAAUAUCGACAUAAUGUGUUGGCUGCUUUGACUAAGUCAUACUUCUUUUUCGUACAAGGAAUGUGGUUUUGGCAAAUAGGGUUUAUAUUAUAUAGUCCUUAUUCUGACGCACCGCCAUUGAACCCGGAAGACGAUUUUCAGUUAAUGAUGAUUCCUUUAUAUUUUACAUGGCAUUGUGUCAUAGUACUAUUUAUAAUGCUUGGAAUAGGAUUUUUUGUGGCUUGUUACCAUAGACAUUUAUAUCAUAAAAAUGAAGAGGAUAAGUCCAGUUUGCAAAGUCUUUUGUAAAAUAAUAACCGGUGAAAAGUUUUAAAACUAUUGAAAUUUGCAAAUAUAUUAUAUUCAUAAUUUAUGUUUUAAAAUUAGUUAAAAAAAACAUGGAUAUUAUAUAUCUAAAGUAUUAAAUAAAGAAAAUAUCUUUGUUAAA